AUGAGCUUGAAUUUGAACAAAAUUUUACGGGUUGAUGUUGAAAAACGAAAAGAUCAGUUUAAAAUUGAGAAGAUCGCUCGAAAAAAUGACUCAAAAGUAGGAAUAUUGCCUCUGAAACACAAAUAAAUUGAACAUUUUUAGAUUGAUGAAAUAAUUGAGAGCAUUGUUAGACAGAAUGAAAAUGAGCCAUCGACAUCGAAAAAUUUGGAGAAAACUGAGAAAUGCAAUAGGAAAAAAGGGAAUUUCGAUUAUCAUCCGCCUUCGAAAUAUCAUGGAGCAAAGUGAGUCGCCUUUUUCCUGUAUUCUAAUCCAAAUUAUAUAAAAGUUCUCAAAAUCAAGAAUAAAUAGGUAAAAAUUUUAUUGAAUGACUCCCGACUAAAAUCAAUAGAAAAUAAUUCAGAUUCGAGUUUUUCUAGAUUUGAAAAACAAAUUCAGAAUUUUUGAAUUCUACCAAAAUGACACAAAUUCCAAGAAAUUCUCCUUACCCAUAUCUUUGCAGAACGAUGGUUGAACACAAAAAACGUUGGACAUAUCGAAUGGCUUGUGAUAUAAAUGCAGCUGAACAAGAUGGAGAUGGACAAAUGUAUUAUGUGGCUGAUCCAUUUUUGCCAAUUCCACGAAGUCGACUUGGUGGAACUACGGUUGUGAGAAUGAAUUAUGCUGCACAAAGAUUAGAUAAUCGAAAGUUCAGGUGGGAAAUUGUGCGGGUUUGGGUGAAAAGGGAAGAGAUUUUGAUGGAAAUAUCCUAAAUUCAUUGAUUUAUCUAUGAAUUUAUCAAACGCUCAAUUUUUAUUUAGAAGUCAAGUAUCUACAGUGAAAUCUAUAGCUGAACAAGAAAGUGCGACUUGUGAUAAGUUAGUUUAUUUUUAUUUUUGAUUUUAUUUCUCAAAAUCAUCUUCUCCGAAUUUUCAGAUGUGGUAUGCGAUAUUUUCUACCUUCAAUUCAUAUGCAACAAAGAAUCUCAUAUCUUUUGCCCCAAACUUCUUCAAAUUCCAAAACAGAAGAAGAAUAUAAACUUCCAGAAGUAUUAUUUGAAUGUACAGUUUGUAAAACAAUGACAAAAGCUGAAGUAUUAUCAUAG